AUGCCGGCGUAUUUUGUUGAGCGGAGUGGUCAGAGGACGGAACUAACGGGUGAGUUGUUGCUUCAGCUCAUUGGAGAUGGCAAUGACUCCGAAAUAGAAGAAGUGGAAGAUGACGAAGGUGAUCAAGAAGAAUCGGUUUUGCAGUUGGUGUCUGCUGAGGAACCUGAAUCACCUCCCCGUCCAGGUCCAUCAUCUGCUACUGCAACAAAAGCUCGUCAAAAGCCGACAAAAAGCCGAGACACUCGCCGAAGAAUCUGGAAGCAGAUGCCAUUCAACCAGAAGGAACACAGCUAUCCGGAGCGGUCGUCAGCAGCGAUUCUUCGUAUGGCAUUCCAUGUUGUCGAUAGUGAUGAUGCUCCGGCAGGAAACCAGAAUUCACUGUGGAAAGUCCAACCUGUACUUACUCAAGUCAAAAAUGCUUGCGACAAAUUAGAACGUCAACCAGGCUUUUAUUCCAUCGACGAGCAAAUGAUUCCAUUCUCUGGGACAUGUCCACGUGGUUUGAGACAAGUAAUAAAAACAAAGCCGCGUCCACAAGGGCUAAAAGCUUUCGUCGCUACUACUUACGAUGGUUUGAUGAUCGACUUCGAAGUUUAUCAAGGCGCAAAAACAAACUUUGGAGACAAAUCUCUAGGCGUUGGAGCUUCUGUCAUUCUUCAUCUCUCUAAGUCAAUCCCACGCGGUAGUUGUCUAUAUUUUGACCGGUUUUUUUCAUCUAUACCUUUACUUGAGAGAUUGAAUGAAUUGGGACUACAUGGGACCGGGACAAUAAUGAUGAAUAGAGUUCUUGAGAGGAAGAACAUGGACUUCAAGCUAGAUCGCAAAAUGAAACGUGGCGAAUCUCAACAAUUUGUUAGCAAUGAUGUUGUUGUUGUUAAAUGGAUGGAUAACAAAUCCGUCCUUGUAGCAUCCAAUUGUACAUCUGGAGAUGAUUCUUGUCUCAUUAAGCGAUGGGAUAAAAAUCUCUCAGCAUUUACAGACGUAAGCUGUCCAAAAGUAAUCGCAAAUUACAAUAAGAACAUGGGAGGUGUAGAUAUACUCGAUCAAUCCAUAGAAUACUACCGGACCUUCAUAAAAACGAAAAAAUGGACUCUAAAAGUCAUCCUCCAUUUUUUUGACUUGGCCAUUUCGAAUGCUUGGCGUUUGUAUGUGUUAAAUUCGAUCACAACUAGAGUACCCAAAAGUAAAAUAAUGGACUUGUUGGAGUUUCGAAUGCAAGUGUCAGAUGGCCUUGUCAACGCACCAGAACGUAAAAGAAGAUCUGAUACUGAUGAACAAGAUGAGAACCAGGCUCCUAAUACGUCUAAGUUCCGUCGACCGAAUCCACCUUCUGUAGCCAAAAGGUUCAUCGUCACACACAAACUUGCAAAAAAAUAA